AUGCAGGCGCCAAACGAGGAAAAAAAGAGAGGCCCCGGCAGACCGCCAAAAAGGUGCGAGGGUAGUAAGGAAGGACCCCUGUUGAAGUUUUUCACGAGCGACAGUAGAGGGAGCCAGGCGAUGCUUGAUGCAACACAAGAAAAAAGAUAUACACUGCGGAACAGAAGGGUCGAGCUGGAUGGAUUGGAAAAAGGGGAAAGUAAUGGAGAACAAGAAGCAGAAGUGGUUGAGAAAAGGAGUGAAGCGAGUGAUAUGGCAAUGGUAAUUGAAGAAAUAUUAGCAGUUAAAAAUGAUAUUGGCAAGAUUAUUGAAGUAAUACUGAAGAGAGAAGAAAGAACAAAACUAAUAAGAGAAAAUGAGGAGUUGAGAAAGAAAGUACAGUGGCUAGAAGAAAAACAAAAAGAGGACGUACGCCAUAGUGAGAAAGGGUCCCAAAGAAAUAAUAUUCAAGAAGGGGAAGAAAGACAGAACGGAAAACAUGGAAAAAAUGAAGAAAAUUCUCAGAAAAAUGAUAAAGUAGGAAAAAAAGGGCAAACUACGAAGACACGGCAAGACAGAGAAGGUGCAGUGCAAGAGAUGGACGCCCCAGUGGGGAUUUUAGUAGAACACUGGAGAUAUGAAAUGGAAGAAAGGAAAAGAAGAAGGAAGAAUGUGAUAAUAAGAUAUCUUGGAAAUGAAGAAGCCACUAGUAAGGAGGAAUUAUUAAAAAAAGCCACGGCAAAUGGAGAGUGA